AUGUUAAGUGCAAAAAGCAGCUCUAGUGUUGAUGAAGGUGGCUGGAACAGUGUUCGUAACGACAGAAAUCGGCAAUCAGAUUAUUCAUCAAUUAAAACAACAAAAUUAAAUGUUAAACCACCAGCAGCAGAAGAGACAACUUUUGGAACUUCAUCUGAUCCACCAAAGGAAUUCAGACCUGAGUUUAAACCCUCGUGGACACAUGGUUCCAGCUCACGAAGUGAGAAUCAACGAGUCAGUUUAGAUCCAACGCAAACUCGUGACAGUUUAUCAAUACCUUCACCAGUCUUCGCAAGCAGAACACCAACCCCUCCAACACUAUCAUCAUCCACAUUUAUACCGAUAAGUAGGACACCUACUCCUCCAUUAACAUCAUCUUCAUCGAUAGAUAAUCGAAACAGUAACCUACCAGUCGAUGAAAAGAAACUAAGAAAUCUGGUCAAAUCACUUCUUGAUGAAUCUAGCUCGAGUGAUGUAAACUUAUUUAUGAAGAAUGCUCAAGAAACAAUUGAAGAUAAAUUUAAUACACAGUCCUAUCCAUUAUUGAUAGAAGAAGCUCUUAAUUCUGUACUUGAGAGAAAAUCAGAUGGAAAGACAACGAAAUGA